GGGAAAGACUGGGACGGUCAGCACCGGGGACAGGGAUCCGAUUCAUCGCCUGCCGAGGCCGGUUCCACUUUAGUAAGCUUGUGAUGCCAUUUGGGAGUAUUCCGGAGAUGAUAUGACGAGCGGUUCAUGUGAGCUGGAUCGCCAUGCGUCGUCCAGCUUGUCACUAGGUUCAGCUUUGCCUUAUCAGACCAAUGGCUCCAAUAGAAGAAAGAUCAGGAAGAAGAGGAAAAAUGGAGUCAUCACAGCCAAUGUUUCUGGAACCAAAUAUGAGAUCGUCCGUCAGGUAAUUGAAGAGAUGCAUUUUGUGAAAAGCCGGGAUGAUGAUGAAACGACAAAUCUCAUCUGGAGCGAUUGUGCAAUACAGCAUGAGAAGAUUGCAGAGCUCAGGAAUUAUCAGAGGAUUAACCAUUUCCCCGGGAUGGGAGAGAUCUGUCGUAAGGACUGCCUUUCAAGAAACAUGAACAAAAUGAUCAAGUGUCAGCCUCAUGAAUAUAGCUUUAUUCCACGCACCUGGAUAUUCCCCGCGGAAUACACUCAGUACCAAAACUACGUGAAAGAAUUAAAGAAGAAGAGGAAACAGAAAACCUUUAUCAUCAAACCCGCCAAUGGGGCAAUGGGUCACGGCAUUUCUCUGAUACGGAACGGAGAGAAGCUCCAGACUCAGGAGCAUCUGAUUGUUCAGGAAUAUCUUGACAAACCGUUCUUGCUGGAAGGAUACAAGUUUGAUUUGCGGAUUUACAUCUUGGUCACUUCUUGCGAUCCGCUAAGGAUAUUUCUAUACAAUGACGGCCUGGUCAGGAUGGGGACAGAGAAGUAUCGUCAGCCGUCGGAGUCCAAUCUGAACCAGUUGUACAUGCACCUGACUAACUACUCCGUUAACAAACACAAUGAGAACUUCGAGCGGGACGAGACGGAGGACCGAGGUAGCAAGCGCUCCAUCCGGUGGUUUACGGAAUUCCUACGUGCCAAUGACCAUGAUGUGGCCAAAUUCUGGAACGACAUUUCUGAAUUAGUGGUGAAGACUCUAAUAGUAGCGGAUCCUCAUGUGCUCCAUGCCUACCGCAUGUGUCGUCCUGGCCAACAACCCGGCAGCAACAGCAUCUGCUUUGAAGUUUUGGGCUUUGACAUUAUUUUGGACAGGAAGCUGAAGCCCUGGCUACUAGAGAUCAACCGUGCUCCCAGCUUCGGAACAGAUCAGAAGAUUGACUAUGAUGUGAAGAAAGGAGUUUUGCUAAAUGCGUUAAAACUUUUGAACAUAAGAGCGAGUGAUAAAAAGAAAAAUUUGGCCAAACAAAAGGCAGAGGCUCAGAAGAGACUCUAUGGUCAGGGAUCCAUGAAGAGGCUGUCGCCGGGGUCCUCUGACUGGCAGAAACAGCGACACACCUUGGAGAGGAGAAAGGAAGAACUGAAAGAACGACUCGCUCAGGUCCGCAAACAGAUAUCCAAGGAAGAGUAUGAAAACAGGCACAUGGGGAACUACAGGCGUAUCUACCCACCGGAGGAUAAACUGUUGUUAGAAAAGUACGAGGGUCUUCUGAGCACAGCCUUCCAGACAUUCCUCGCUGGCAGGGCCGCCUCGCUGCAGCGUGAGAUGAAUAAUCCUCUGAAAAGGAUGAAGGAGGAAGACAUUUUGGACCUCUUGGAACAAUGUGAAAUAGAUGAUGAAAAGCUGUCUGGAAAAUCUACUCGACACAGAGAGCCACGGACGUUGUCCUCCAUGCCAGAAUGUACACCCACCUUGAAGAAAAAGAACCACAGCAGCAAUAGCAGCAGCACCUCCGGCUCAGACAGCAGCACGGACAGCGAGGAGGAAACGCUGGUGAAGGAGAAGAAGGUUUCCUAUGAGCUGGAAGAACAGAAAUACAAAUCCCUGGAAAGGUCCAGUACUAUUCGGCGCUCUGUCAGCUGUCCCCGUUCCAUCACUGUACUCAAUGCACCCUCGCCACAUGUAGAGCAAAGACCCCUCUCAUCAAAAGUCUCAGCACAGGUGUCAAGGCCGUCUUCUGGAAACCGGACCAACUCUCUUAAUCGCAAUUCCUCAUCGCAUAGAGUGCCACACAGCGGUACUUGUGCCAGUAUGUACCCAACACUGAACGAGACCGGGUUGCAUCACCUAACAAAAGAUCAGGAGGAGGAACUAACACGGCAGACUCUGCUUGUUUUACGAGAUAUGAGAAUCAGGUUCCCAGGGAAGGUGGACGAGGAUGAAACAUGUUCUAUUAUAGAUGAUAUAAUGGAAAAUUGGCGAUACCACAAACCCAAGGUGGCUUCUUACUGGCUGAUAAAACUGGACUCUGUGAAGCAGAAAAAGAUUUUGGAUAUAGUGAGAACAAAUGUCCGCUCCGUCCUUCAGCGAAUCUGGAAAGUUUCUGAUGUAGAGUGCUUACACCUGUACCGAAGUUUCAAUCGAGUGUUUAACCGACUCCUUUGGAGUCAUGGGCAAGGGCUAUGGAGCUGUUUCUGCGCUUCCAGUACGUCCUGGGAGACGAUAUUCAGCAAGAGCACCGAGGUUGUGACACCUGACCAGCUCCAGUGCUGCCAUCGGCUAGUCCAGCUCUGCAAAGACUGCUUGCUUGUGGUUUACAAAUAUGCAACUGAUUCCCGGAACUCCUUGGCGGGUGUGAGUCCAGACUGGAGCGACACAAGGUACUUACUGCCGGUGGUCCCCCAAUUCAGCAUUAAAAUGUCGUCUUCCAGCACUGGUUUGUCUGGAUUGCCUCGUUCCAACUAUGUGUUUACCUCACGACUUCACCACUAUUGA